GAUAGUGGGAAGAGUGAGAGAAUUGUAAAUGUGAGGGAGAGUCAUUCACCCAGAGAGGAAGAGCACAGCAGAGACAGAGAGCAUGCCAGCAUACGCCACCAACAUGAGGAUCAAGUUCCCCGUUUUGGCCUUGAUACUGGAAGCUGUGACCAUUGUCUUGUACUCUCUCUUUGUAGUUUAUGAUACUGGUGAUAAACAUGGACAUGACGAGGGUCACCAUGUUGCAGGGAAUGAAAGUCAUCCUGAAAGCCCAAUGACCCUCUACCCCAUGUUUCAGGAUGUACACGUGAUGAUCUUCAUUGGCUUUGGUUUCUUGAUGACUUUCCUGAAGAGAUAUGGCUUCAGCAGUGUUGGCAUCAACCUCGUGUUGGCUGCCUUUGGCUUACAGUGGGGUCUUCUCCUCCAGAACGUCUGGGAAAUGCAUGGUGGCAAAAUAAGAGUGUCCAUUGAUCGGAUGAUUAAUGCUGACUUUAGCACAGCAACAGUUCUGAUCUCUUUUGGGGCAGUUCUGGGAAAAACCAGCCCUGUCCAGCUUCUCAUCAUGACCCUGUUGGAGAUCACCAUCUUCUGCAUUAAUGAGCACUUGGUUGUGGAAGUCAUUAAGGCUUCUGAUGUUGGUGCCUCCAUGACCAUCCAUGCUUUUGGGGCUUACUUUGGAUUAGCUGUCGCUCGUGUUCUUUAUCGCCCUGGUCUUCAGAAUGGCCAUGAAAAUGAUGGAUCAGUCUACCACUCUGACUUGUUUGCAAUGAUCGGCACAGUCUUCCUGUGGAUGUUCUGGCCCAGUUUUAAUUCUGCCAUUGCUGAACCUGGUGAUGCUCAGCUAACAGCUGUUAUCAACACAUAUUUCUCUCUGGCUGCCUGUGCUCUCGCUGCCUAUGCCACCUCCAGCCUGGUGGAGAAAAAGGGAAAACUUGACAUGGUCCACAUUCAGAAUGCCACGCUGGCUGGAGGUGUUGCCGUGGGUACCUGCGCUGACAUGAACAUCCAACCAUUUGGAGCAAUGCUGAUCGGAGUUGUUGCAGGCAUUAUUUCCACCCUUGGCUUCAAGUUCCUCACUCCCAUCCUGGCCUCUAAUCUUGGAAUCCAAGACACAUGUGGUGUGCACAACCUACACGGCAUGCCGGGCAUCCUAGGUGGCCUUGCUGGCAUUGUGGCAGCAGCACUUCAAAGGAAGGAAGGUGUUUCGGCAGCUACUCAGGCAGGUGGUUUGGCAUCAUCUCUUGGGUUUGCUUUGGUGGGCGGAUUGUUCACAGGUCUGAUUAUGAAGAUUCCAUUUUGGGGACAGCCACCUGACCAAAACUGCUUUGAUGACUCAAUCUACUGGGAGGUACCUGAGGAAGAGAAGGAGACUGAAGAGCAUUUGGCUCAUGGCAAUUAUUCCAAGAACAAAGCAGAGGUUUAAAAUGCUCCUCUCUAAACCAACUCACUUCCUAAAUGAAGAGACCUCAUCCAAUAAACACCUCAGGGCUUUUCAACCAUUAGCAUCUACACCACUUACUGAAACCUUCCAAACAGUGAAUCCACAGUAUAUGAGGAGAUGUCAUGCAUUACAUGAAAUCUCCUUUGUUUGUUUGUUUGUUUGAUUGUCUGUUUGUUUGUUUGUUUGUUUAUGAAUACAUGUAGCUGGAAUUUAAAAAUGCACAUGAUACAUGUAACUCAUUAUUACACUAAUAAGUGGUAUCUGAAACAUUCUCAAAUUAGUAAGUAUAUAACUAAGUAUAUAAGUAUAUUACCAAAAGUUACACAGUUCGCCAACUGCCAACAAUGAGAGCAAUUAAUUAUAAGAAAAAUAAUGGAAAUGGCACAAUUAAAAAGCUAUUGUCGUCAUCUGAUAACUGACUGACAAGAGCUGAUUGAGCAAAUCCGACACUGUGGAGCUAAUAAACAUAGUGUUGUCAGGACGAUCAAAGUUGCUCAGUGUAAUGGGCAAAAAUAUGAGCCAAUCUGAGACUUCUUGCUUAAAUGUCUAUCCAAGUAGUUCAAUGUGGUUUUUGUCAUCAGUAGAGAUGUAUCUUCACCAAUCCUCAUAAGCUUUUAUAGCGUAAGAAUGUUUUUGCAAAUCAUGCAUAUUAGUAUAUGUAUACACAAAGAGAGAGACCCUUCGACAUUAAAAACUUUCUUCCAGCAAUUAUAGUUAGCAAUUACUGUUAUCAAUAAAAAUCCUUUAUGUAUUGAUGAAUGAAGUAUUUUAAACAAUUGUAUCCUGAAAACUAACCUCAACUUUUAUAUUUUCGCACAAUUUCUAAUACUUUAAUAUUAGCAAAUGCAUUACAAAUUGUGACACUUCUUGUUUAUAAGGAAUAUUGUAAAAAAUUAUGUAACACAAGAGCCUAAUUAUAAAUCUCAUCUAGUAGUAGGAAUAAGCAGACGUGAUCGGGUAGUCACUGCUUGAAUAUCAUGUUAUUUUAAUGAAGAAAACAUUCAAUGUAUAACAUUAUGGAGAGUUGUCUUACUGCAAGCUGACUACCUGAUUUAAAUUUUGUGUCAUUGAAUGUUUGUGUUCCCAUAUGCUUCACUCCCCAACUUGGCAUCUCUUAAUUGUUUUAGAAAGGUCUGUGAACUUAAUAAACUUUUACAUUCAUAAA